ACUAAGAAAUCUUCUAUUCGUUAAAUUUCGUUAUAUGAUCUGAUUCUUAAUGUGUUAGCUAUUUUUGGUGAAGAUUAUUAUUAUUUAUUUAUGUGUUCAUUUUCAUUGGUAUAAUUGUUACAUUUUAACAUAUUUUGUUUAUUAUAUUAUACAAUAGGAGGUUUUUUAUUAUUAUUAGUAAUUUAAUUUCCUAUUUUGGUAGUUUGAGGAGAUACACUUUGGUUAUAUCCUUAUUUUUAGUUAUUUAUAGAAUUGUAUUUUGUUAAUAAAAGAUUUUCUUAACGACUGUUAUUGUAAGCACCUUUUUUAAAGUAAUAUAAGUUGUGCUGCUAAGCGUUACUUUAUUAAGUCCUGAUUCUAAAACUGCUCAUACUUAGCUUUAUUAAGUCCUUUUUUAGGCGAAUUUUUCGUUCGGAGGAAGCUGGCUUUAUUUGAAAAUUAGAGGUUUUUUAAC